AUAGCAAAAUGGGGCUCCAACCUAGAGUGAUGAAAUUUAUUGGAACAAUUAUUUUAAUUAUUUCCCUCACCGUAAAGGGAACAGCUGGAAUGCAUAUCAACCGAAGCAUUUUGGGCAGUUCCGCUUCUGACAUAGUUCGAGGAUUAAGUUCUCAAUCUAUACGAGAAAUACCCGCACCGGAUCAAUUAUUCUCUACCGCAAUUAAAGUUUUGCUUGGUUUUCCAGAACAGGCAGUUUUUACCGUCCUUAAUCAAGCAUGUUCCAUUUAUUUGGCCUCGGGGGCCAUAAAUCCUCGUAUCACACCCAAUGUUGAGGAGAUGUAUUUUGAAUUGCGUACACCCUGUAAAAAUAUAAGUGUUCCCAUAGCUCAGCCAGAGCAACUUGUUAAUCUGGAAGAAUUCGAUGCGGAGAAAAAAGUUGUUAUCUUCGUCAGUGGCUGGGGUUCUGAUGGCAAGGAGGAUAGCUAUAUUCAAGACUUUGCCAAUGCCUUUUUUUGUCGGGGUGAACAUAAUGUUGUUUACAUAAACACCGGAAAUUCCGUACAAACUCUGUACACAUGGUCCGCCUUCAAUACUGAAGAAGUUGGCAACAUUCUGGCCGAAAGCCUAAAAGGAUUGACCGAAAGUGUGCCCGUGGAAAAUAUUCACUUAGUUGGCCAUAGUUUGGGUGCACAAAUUGUGGGCAAAGCUGGACGCCAAUUUAAAGAUCUAACUGGCCAAUCACUGCCUCGCAUAACUGGUUUAGAUCCUGCUAAUCCUUGUUUCAACGAAGGCGAAGAAUUAUCCGGCAUUUCACGUGGCGAUGCUACCUUUGUUGAUAUCAUCCAUUCAAAUCCUGGAGUUUUGGGUAAACCCAAAUCGUUGGGAGAUGUCGAUUUCUAUCCAGACGGUAAGAGAGCCAUAAAGCCUGGAUGUGUUAGGUUUGGCUGUUCACAUGAGCGUUCGAUACGCUAUUACAUUGAAACUGUCUAUCCCGCUAAUGAGCAAAAUUUUUUGGGCAAACGUUGCAAUUCAUUGCAAAGUCUUAAUGCUGGCCAUUGCGAUGGGACGGAACAUGCCAUGGGUUAUGCCGUAGACCAUGAUCUAAAGGGAAAUUAUUAUUUGAAUGUGAAUGCUGAUCAGCCAUAUGGUAAAAAUGCUCCAGCCGAUGCAGUUGUACAACCAAACCAGUGUGGUCUCUGUGGAAGUCAAUAGAUACAUGCAGAUGUAAAAGAUUCGCAAGAGAAUUUUGUUAAGUUAAAAUUACCUUAAAUAAUAUAUAACACUCUCAGCACUAUUUAGUUGACCCCAAAGUAUAUACAGCACUACUAUUAAUUUUUGGAUCUGCACUAAUUGCUAAAAUGUUAAUACGUAUGUAUAUGUUGUUCACGAUAUAUUAAUAAAAUAUGUUAUACUACCAA